ACCCCCCAUAUAUACAUAUACAUACAUAUAUAUAGACAUACAUAUAUUCAUUAUAUAUCUAACAUACCCAUCUUCCAUAUAUUCUUAAAUUUCAAGAAUCUUGGGCCAAUAUGGCAGUUCUUGAAACCCUAAGACCAAUAAUACAUGGUCAAAUUCAUGCUAUAAAUAAUCCAAAUUAUAAUUAUAAUUCAAAUUACAGGUACACUUGUUCUGCUUUUCGUGCUUAUAAUAAUUCUAAUAUUUUGUUUAGAAAAUCUUGUUUAUCAUUAUCUGUUAGUCCUGCCAAUAAUUUAUUAAAUUCUUGGGGAUGUGGGUUAUUAGGAUUAGGCUUUUUAAAUAAUAAAGCAAGGAACUUUAAUCAUGAUAAUAUGUAUAAAUAUAAAAUGGGUGUCAAUAAUAGUUCUUGUGAACAAGAUACCGAAUCGAAUGACCCGAGUGAGAGUAAAAGUGAUAAGGUGAGUAAGAAAAGAGAUAAGGGUGAGAAAAAAAGUAAAGGGUGGGGAAAAGAAGGCCGUAACGGUGGCGGGAAAUGGCGGUGGCAACCGAUAAUUCAAGCACAAGAGAUUGGUGUUUUGUUGUUACAGUUAGGGAUUGUUAUGUUUGUUAUGAGGUUACUUAGGCCCGGGAUUCCGUUACCCGGCUCAGAACCUAGAGUACCGACUACAGUUGUGAGUGUGCCGUAUAGUGAUUUCUUGAAUAAGGUUAGUGGGAAUAUGGUGCAGAAGGUUGAGGUUGAUGGGGUUCAUAUUAUGUUUAAGUUGAAGCAAGAACAUCAAGGGAAUAUGGAAAGUGAAAUGAGCAGAAUGCCAGAUUCGGAGUUGUUGUUGAGGAGUGUCGUCCCUACGAAGAGGAUUGUUUAUACGACGACACGUCCUAAUGACAUUAAGACGCCCUAUGAAAAAAUGUUGGAAAAUGAUGUGGAGUUUGGGUCUCCUGAUAAGCGGUCUGGGGGAUUCUUGAACUCUGCGUUGAUAGCAUUGUUUUACGUUGCUGUAUUAGCAGGGCUACUUCACCGUUUCCCUAUAAACUUCUCUCAGAAUUCUCCUGGUCAGCUAAGAAAAAAAUCAAGUGGUUCGGGUGGGUCAAAAGUGUCUGAACAAGGUGAGGUCAUCACAUUUUCUGAUGUUGCUGGUGUUGAUGAGGCCAAGGAAGAGCUCGAGGAAAUUGUAGAAUUUCUUAGAAAUCCAGAACGAUAUACGCGCCUUGGUGCCCGUCCUCCCCGAGGUGUCCUUCUGGUUGGUCUUCCCGGGACAGGCAAGACACUGUUGGCAAAGGCUGUAGCUGGAGAGGCCGAAGUGCCAUUCAUUAGUUGUUCUGCUAGUGAGUUUGUAGAACUUUACGUGGGCAUGGGAGCUUCACGUGUUCGAGAUCUCUUUGCAAGGGCAAAAAAGGAGGCACCAUCUAUAAUAUUUAUUGACGAGAUUGAUGCUGUUGCCAAGAGUCGUGAUGGUAGGUUCCGUAUUGUCAGCAAUGAUGAGCGAGAGCAAACGUUAAACCAGUUGCUGACGGAAAUGGAUGGUUUUGACAGUAAUUCAGCUGUGAUUGUUCUUGGAGCAACUAACCGUGCUGAUGUAUUAGAUCCAGCACUUCGUCGACCAGGGAGAUUUGAUCGUGUGGUUAUGGUAGAAACACCUGAUAAGGUUGGAAGAGAAGCUAUUUUAGAUGUACAUGUUUCUAAGAAAGAGCUCCCUUUGGCAGAGGAUGUUGAUCUUGCCAAAAUUGCUUCGAUGACAACAGGUUUCACCGGGGCAGAUCUUGCAAAUUUGGUAAAUGAAGCGGCUUUGUUGGCAGGAAGACAAAACAAAGUGGUGGUUGAGAAAAUGGAUUUCAUCCAAGCAGUGGAACGCUCAAUUGCUGGGAUUGAAAAGAAAACGGCUAAGUUGCAAGGUGUUGAGAAAGCAGUAGUUGCUCGUCAUGAAGCUGGUCAUGCAGUGGUAGGGACUGCUGUUUCUAAACUUCUUAAAGGACAACCAAGGGUCGAGAAGCUAAGCAUACUGCCAAGGUCAGGAGGGGCAUUGGGAUUUACUUACACUCCUCCAACCACCGAGGAUAGAUAUUUGCUUUUUGUAGAUGAACUAAGAGGACGUCUAGUCACUCUUCUUGGAGGACGUGCUGCUGAAGAAAUUAUUUACUCGGGGCGUGUGUCAACAGGUGCACUUGAUGACAUACGACGAGCCACAGACAUGGCUUACAAAGCUAUCGCUGAAUAUGGUCUAAAUCACACCAUAGGCCCCAUUUCAUUAGCAACACUUUCAAAUGGUGGCAUGGAUGAUUCUGGAGGAUCUGGUUUUGGAAGGGACCAGGGACAUCUAGUGGAUCUUGUUCAAAGAGAAGUUAAGUUGAUGCUUCAAUCUGCAUUAGACGUAGCACUUUCUGUCAUGCGUGCCAAUCCCACUGUUUUGGAGGGGCUCGGUGCCUAUCUUGAAGAAAAAGAGAAAGUUGAAGGGGAAGAGCUUCAAGAAUGGUUGAAGCUGGUAGUUGCUCCCGAAGAACUUGCUGAUUUUGUUAGAGGGACACAAAAGACUUUUUUCCCACUACAGUCGGCAGCACCUGAACUAAAGCAACUAUUGUAACACUGAGUCAUACAUACCGUCGCCCAACUUUGUAUAUUAAAACAGUCAGAUAAUUUAGAUUAUAUAUAUACAGUUGUAGUUGCAGAUUCAUGGAAAUACAUAUCGUCUUUUCUAUCGAUUUUUAGCCAAAUCCCAGCUAGUUGGGAAGGAAAGGCUGUCGUUGUACGUAUAAACACAUCUGUAAUUUUCUGUGACUUUUUAACAGCAAAAUUAAAAGCUUUCAGUUGAUCAAA